AUACUGUUUUAAGUUUUAACGGGUCAAUCUCGCGUAGCCUCUCGUUCCUUCUCAACACCUCUCCCUGAAAUGCAGACUGAAAUCAAGCGUACAAGUCUCUCCUCAUGGACUCUUUAACCCUUCGACCCACUUCUUUCAUUAAGAGAACUUCCUGUGUUAAUCCCUCUAAUUCCUGCACUAAACCUUUCUAUUCUAAACACUUCUCAUUCUUUAACUUGACUCGUUUUACCAAAUUUAGCGCUUCUCCAAUUUGUUUUUCUUGUACAACUCCUUCAAAUCCUCAAAACCCGAAAUCCACAUGGAAUAAUAAUACCUUUUCUUUGAACCCUUUAUUUGUUUUGGUCCCAAUAUUGCAACGAGUAAAGGGGGUUGCUUCUUCACAAACCAAGAAAUGGGUUUUUCGAUUACAAGCAUACACUGAGGAAUCGGAAAAGGCAAUGGUUGAUUACAGUGGCAAAUACUUGCAAAAUGGAGCAUUUGGAGUAGCUUUAUUGAGCAUUACAUCGAACGCUAAGGUUCGAAUUAGUCCUUUCGUUGCGACAUUGGCAGCAAACCCAACUUUUAUAUCGGGAUUUUUUGCGUGGUUUAUAGCCCAAGCAAUAAAAGUGAUUUUAAAUUUCUUUGUGGAGAGGAAAUGGGAUUUGAGACUACUUUUUGCCUCUGGAGGAAUGCCAUCUUCACAUUCGGCUUUAUGCACUGCUAUGACAACAUCAGUGGCGCUUUGUCAUGGGGUGGCUGAUUCGUUAUUUCCAGUUUGUUUGGGGUUUAGCCUUAUAGUUAUGUAUGAUGCAAUUGGUGUCAGGCGUCAUGCCGGGAUGCAUGCGGAGAUUCUCAAUAUGAUAGUUGAGGACCUGUUUCAAGGGCAUCCUAUCAGUCAAAGAAAGCUGAAGGAACUUCUCGGCCACACUCCAUCACAAGUCUUUGCAGGAGCAGUCGUUGGCAUUUUGGUCGCCUGUUAUUGUUGUCAGGGAUGCCUAAUUGCAACGUAAAUUUUCUUCUGUGUGCAAUUUUGGUUCAGCUUUGUGUAAAGGACACAGAGAUUCUGUUGUUUUUGCUGCCUUGGCUCAUUCUAUCAAGGCUCUCAGAGCUGUUGAUGUAUUUUACUGUAAUGCAGAAUAGCGGAAGCACAUUAUUUUUGAGGAAUAGAAAUGAAGUUUUUUAAUUUUUCCACCA